UUCAAAAUUAAUUUUGUAGUUAUAACAGGAACUAUAGAAGGUUCUUACGCAGUUAGACAUUCGAUAUUGCAAAGAGCAUAUUUCUUUCGGAACUGAUCAAAAGAAUCGGGUUUUGAGCUGGGUUGAGCCUUUCAUCGACGUAAGAGAAAAGACAGGGUAGAUUGGUGGAUCACUGCAAUGACCAGUAUGAAUUUAACGAAGAUCCACCUCCUCUGGCUCGUCGUCUUCAUGGUACUUGCCUAUCCCGAAGAACCGGUCUCUGCGGUGCAUCCCGAGUUACUGGAGCCAGAUAACAACCGGCCGCAAUGUAUUGGGACAUCGAGAGGAACCAAUUUUGUCCUCGGUUUCUCCGACAACUAUCUGGGUUCUGAACCGAGCGAGCUGACCGUGUUGGUUGUUGCUUUCAGUGAUGAGCAAACACUGGUCACAAUCAGCAGCAAGUUCCAGGUAGAUGGAAAGCCAUUCCAGGAGACCUUUGUCUUAGAGGCUGGUGGAUUUAUACGAACCAUACUUCCUUCCGAGUUGGUAAUGGAAGCAAACGGGAGAAGCUUCAAGGGCAUCGAAGUGACAGCAUCUUCCGAGGUGGCUGCGUACGGCCUAAUGCUUCAAAAUUACACUACGGACGGUUUCCUCGCCAUACCGACAAGUAAGCUCGGUAUGCAAUACGUUGUGGUGAUGUCUACGCCGGUGGGAAUUUUGCGGGGCCAGUUUUCUGUGAUAGGGACGGAGGAUUCAACCAUGGUUCAAAUUGUCUUACGUGGUAGAGUGACCUUCGACGGACAGACUUAUGUUGAUGGCGACGUUCUGAGUUUCAUGGUUGACAAACUGGAAGCUGUUCAUCUUCAAGGGGACGUAUUAGAAGACUUAACUGGUACUAUUGUUCAGACUAACAGGCCAGUUGCCAUAUUUAGCGGCAAUGAAUGUGUAAGUAAUCCGGGGUCAAACUGCGACACUUUGACUGAACAGCUGGUGCCCGUCAAAAGUUGGGGAGAAAAUCACAUCUACACUGCAGCCCGAAACACCGACAGUAACAGUUACCGAAUCGUUGCCUAUUUCACUGAUACAAUUGUCACUAUCCCAGGAUUUGGAAACCAGUCAUUAGGUGCUGGUGAAUUUUGGGAAGGGAGUUUGUCUGGUUCCGGUCUCGUGUCUUCAACCAAACCAACUCUAAUGACACAGCAGCUGGUGCACGUUAAUGGCGAACUGGUGAACCCUUCACUGAUACAGGUUCCUUCUGUGGAGCACUUUGAUUACGAGUUUGGGUUCACGACACCGCCCUACUCUGGAGAGGAUCGUGAUGGCUUCUUCAAUUUUAUCAACAUCAUUGUGAAAAAGAACUCGCGCCAGAAUGUUUACCUAAAUGGAUUUCCUAUCAACGGGCCUAAUGUAACAGAAAGUGACGUUCAUGGCACUGAUUAUACAUCACUGACUGUCCAACUGCCUAAAGGAGAAGGGGUUUAUCACGUGAAACAAAUAGACCUUCAGUCAUCGCCAUUGUCAGUUAUUGUCUAUGGAUAUGAAAUUCGUGAGUCCUAUGGUUAUGCUGCCGGCUUGUCUCUUACAAGUAACGAAGAAUUUCUGAGUUUAACAUCGUACUACUUACGAGAACUUGGUGGCGAGGUUUUCAUUACAACCGUUCCGUGCUUGGAAAGCAAUGAAGUAUCCUAUCCCGGUGCCCAGUGUAAAUUUUCCACUGGUUUCGGAGACGUUGUGGUACCUGGCGAACGCACUGACGCCUACACCGUUAUCUGUAUCACCCCCACAUUUUACAAGAACGGACUUAUAUCCGUUGGUGUCUCACUUGACGAGGGCAAUUCGUUCCACUAUUCUGGAAUAGUCUAUGUUGCCUCUGAAGAGGACCUUCUUCCAUCACUAACUGUCCAACAGGUCAAUUCUAAGUAUGGCGAUGACAUCGUUAACCUUACCUCAGAUGACCCGAUCAUGUUAUCCUGGGAUCCUCGUAGUCUUGGUAAAGACGUCUCACGUGUGACUCUGAUGGGGCAAGACGCCGAUUACAACAUCGAGGGAAAUCCGGUCUUAAUGGAAGGUGUGGUAUUGAAGGACGACGUCUUGAACAACGGUAGUCUGACGAUUAAUCCAAAUCAGCUCCAAUCUUUCUCUAAUGAUGGACUGUCUCUCUCGGCGUUUUAUCUUACUCCGUCUUCCGCACGACAACGAAGGGAUAUCGGUGGGCCACUGUUGAGGCGGUUGAGGAUUUACUCUCCCAUAGUUUUCAUUGCGACUGCAAUUACCUGUGAAGUUUCCAAGUACCAGUUGAGAAAUACGCAACCGAUGGGACUUCCCUCCUGUCCAUGCAACAAUGGACAGGCAGGGAAUGACGCCAACUUUCAGGAAGCCAAUUUUGCCAAUUUCUUCUUCCAUCCCGGUGCCGACGUCUGUUAUCGGUCUGUUAAUUCACUGCCAUCAGGAGCAGCUUCAACUCUGACCUGA